AUGCUUGACUCUGCUAUAUUCUAUAAGAGUGCAUUUCAUGAACUUCAGUUGGUGGAUAAAAAUUAUAGAGAGUGUCCAAGUACUGAGGAAUGGUCCAAGGUUGAGCAAUUAAUGCAUUUUUUGAAGCCUUUCAAUGACAUCACAGAGGUGUUAUCUGGGUCCAAGUACCCAACGGCAAAUUUGUAUUUUCAUAACGUAUGGAAUAUACAUAAGUCUUUGUUGGAAGUGAUAGUACAUGGAGAUGACCAUAUGAAGAAGAUGGCACAAGAAAUGAAAAAGAAGUUUGACAAGUAUUGGGACUCAUAUAGCAUUAUUUUAGCUAUUGCAGUUGUAUUUGACCCUCGAUACAAGUUAUCCUUUGUUUCAUGGGCUUUUGAUAAGAUAUAUAAUCUUGACUCUAGAUCAAGGGAGAAAUUUAGACUUGUAAAAACAAGUUUAGAACGACUCUUUGAAGAGUACCGAAGCAUGGAUGUGACCAUGGAAGAGGGGGCAUUACACUCAGAUGAUAUUGAGACUGAUACGAUUGGAAAUGCAUCAGAUUGGCAGGAGCUAAACACAUAUGAGAGUAGCAAUAAUACAAUAAGAUCAGAUAAAUCUGAAUUGUAUUUGUAUUUGGAAGAGCCAAGGAUCAAAGAUAUGACGAAGCAAUAUGAUGUAUUGGCCUAUUGGAAGUCGCAAGGAACUAAAUAUCGUGAUCUUUCUCGGAUGGCACGGGAUGUGUUAGCUAUUCCGGUAUCAACAGUUGCUUUUGAAUCUGCUUUUAGUGCUGGAGGUAGAGUUAUUGACAAAUAUAGAAGUAAGCUACUACCAACAAAUGCUGAAGCACUGAUUUGCCUCCGAAAUUGGAUGUUUGGAGUAGACUUUAAAGCUGAACUGGGUGAUGAUGCCAAUGAUUUGGUUGAUGCUUUAAAAGAUGUGUUGUCCGUGAAUGAGAGUGGUGCAACUAAUGAGGCUCCAGGACCACAGGUAUUGUCAUUCAAUCUUCAAAUGUCAUUUAAUCUUCUAGUUCUUCUAGCUCAAUCUUCAGGUCUCUUCUAG